AAACCCCAUAACAUUUUGCUAGACCAGAAUUUCACUCCGAAAGUUUCCGAUUUUGGUCUAGCCAAGUUAUGCGCAAGGGAUCAAAGCGCAAUAUCCAUGACAACCAUCAGGGGGACCAUGGGCUACAUUGCACCCGAAGUGUUCUCUAGGAACUUCGGUAGCGUGUCCUACAAGUCAGAUGUCUAUAGUUUCGGGACGUUGUUGCUGGAAAUGGUUGGUGGCAGAAAAAACUUUAAGGUCAUGGAGGACUCUACCAGCCAAGUCUACUUCCCGGAAUCGAUUUAUAACCUUUUAGAACAAGGGGACGACCUAAGGAUCCAUAUUGAGGAUGAAGGAGAUGCUAAAAUUGCAAAGAAACUUGCCAUUGUGGGUCUAUGGUGCGUCCAAUGGCACCCAAUAGAUCGUCCUCCAAUGAAAGUUGUAGUUCAAAUGUUAGAAAGAGAAGGUGACAAUCUAACCAUACCACCCAAUCCUUUCUGCUCUACUUCGAAUUGAAUUAAUACAACUACACUGUCUGCAAGGCAUCUGGACAUUUGCGUACAUCAAGAGUUCUACCAGUCACCAUGAUUUGAUAUGAGAUCAUGCACUGUAAUAUUAAAUAACAUAUGGUGUUGAAUAUCGUAGUAUAUGCUAAGUGUUUGGGUUUGAAUU